GAUCCCACCCACUGCGUGCGGCGCAGCUGCCAGGGAGGAAGUUGACGCCACAGUAUUUUGGACUUGGAACUCAGCCCCCGUCCGUGUUCGUUCUCGCCGGCGAUGGCGGAGCAGCGACUUCGCCUGUUCCUGGGCCAUCUCCGCCCCAGCCCAAAUCCUGUUUCACAAGGUGCGGUGACAUCCCAACACGGCCCCUCAUCCAAGUUCAGGUACACUUUGGACAAUGGGAUUCUGACACCAGAGCAGAGAGCCUUCUAUGAAGACAAUGGAUUUAUUGUCAUCAAGGGGCUGGUGACAGAUGAAGACCUGGAGAGAUACAGGGAUCGUUUUGAGAGGAUUUGCCGGCGGGAGGUCACCGUCCCAGCAAUAACGAUCAUGCGAGACAUAGCCAUCGCCAAGUCCAAGGUCGCUCAAGAUCAGACUUCCGUCACCAAGGUCCAGGACUUUCAAGAGGACCCCAUCCUCUUUCAGUACUGCCAGCUUCCAGAGAUGCUGCAGUAUGUGGAGUCCUUCACAGGGCCGGACAUCAUGGCUGUUCACAGCAUGCUCAUCAACAAGCCGCCCGAUCCUGGCCAGAAGUCUUCGCGACAUCCACUGCACCAGGAUCUCCACUUCUUCCCGUUCCGGCCUGCAGAGCGCAUCGUGUGCUCCUGGACUGCCAUGCAGCACAUCGACCGAGAGAACGGCACCCUGGUGGUCCUCCCCGGCACACACAAGGGAGACCUCAAGCCUCACGCGUACCCCGAGUGGGAGGGAGGUGUGAAUAAGCUGUACCUUGGGUUGCGAGACUUUGAUCCAACAGCCCCGCGCUUUCACCUGUCGAUGGAAAAGGGUGACACCGUGUUCUUUCACCCUCUACUGAUCCAUGGCUCUGGCAUGAAUCGCACUAACGGUUUCCGCAAGUCCAUCUCCUGCCAUUUUGCGAGCAGCCAGUGUCAUUACAUUGAUGUAAAGGGCACAAGUCAGGAGAACAUCGAGGAGGAGCUCGUUGAGAUGGCUCAGCGUGUCAUGGGCAAAGAUGUAAAGAUCUCCCUUCGAGACAUAUGGAACUUCAAGGCAAAGGUGGUGAAGGGAAAGAGACUGCAACUGUGAUGCUGCCAACAGCCCCUGGGUUUGCUGUGGCUUAUGCUUCGUGCUUUCUCUUAAAACUGCUCUCAAGAACCCCACCACAGCCCCACAGCCCAUCAAGACAGCCACGAGCAUUGCAUAGCUUUCUGAGCAUCAUAUUGUUCGUAGGAAUAUCACGAUUCACCCCCUUUAGCAAUUCGAUAACUUGUCACAAUAAAAAAAUGCCAUUAUAGUGAAGGGUGUAUGUGAACCAGUGAGUAUAGCGAGACCACCUUUUAUUUUACAAUUUACCAUGGUUGCUGUUCCCAUUAACUUUUCGCUCAUUGAAUUAUCCACCAAUGCUGAGAACUCGCUCUGCUUAACUGUUUUGUCUAAUCCACACUGUUCAACCACAAUCCUGCAGGUGACAACACUUCUCUUACUGCUUCGUCCAACGCACUUCUAUUUUUCCAAGUGUAUACUGUAUUUGAAAUUCAACAAUGGCAUUAACUCUCAUGGUCGUAUCUAUUACACUGCCAGCAGCAAUGCUGCUGGACGUUUUUGAACAGUUUUUGGCUGCUGUGAUUGAAAUAAAAAAAAUUUCAAACGUGAAGUUGCAGUUAUUUUACAAUGUGAAAUUCGAUUCAAAUAAUGAAGAGAAAAUGUAACAUAAAACACGAGAACGCGGGUUUGCAUGAUACAUUGUGUAAUUCUUUCAUUUGAAGUACAGAUUAUAACAGGCCAAAUAAAGCAUUUAUAGCAGGUCCAGUA